ACUGCUAACAUGUGCUAAUGUCUGGUGUAUAUCGCAGAUACAAAUUACCCGCCGGAGUCGGCGCACUAAGAAUAUAAUUUUUGAACACUUCGAAUUCGAAGCAUAAUAUUUUGCUGUUGGAUGCACUAAAAAAAUUGCUUACUGGCUGCUGAUUUUAGUUCAAAAAUCAAAUUCAGUUUGUAAACGAUCGUGAAACUGUUGAAUACAAUAGUACGAUUCUGUUCUAAGAUACUUUUGUGUAUAGUCAACGAACGCUUAUUUAUUAAGAAAAUUUUCCGUGUCGGAAGUGAACAAAAAAAGAAGAUUUUUUUUUUUCUACUUGUUUCGGAAAAAGUGAAAGGAAAUUAAUAGAAAUUAUUGAAUUUCAAAAAUUUUAGUAAUUUAAAAAAUAAAACAAAAAGUGUUAUUAAAGAAGUGUUGAGUUAAAUUGAGAUUAUUCUUAAGUGGAUUUGUUGAGUGAAAUAUUUAAAAAUGCAUAGCACAAUCUUGGAGGAGCUCAUGGAAAAUGGCUUCGUUGUCAUUGAAGACUUUCUUACACCCGAAGAGACUGAAGAAUUAUACAAAUCUGGACGUGCAUUAUGCAUGGAAGCACCAAAAAGUGAAAGAAUUAUCUUCAGCACGAUCAAUAGUGAAAAGCAACAAUCGAAGGAAAAUUAUUUCCUAGAAUCGGGCAAUAAAGUUCGUUAUUUCUUUGAAGAAGGUGCAAUUGGUGAAAAUGGAGAAUUACUGGUCGAUCCAAUGUGUGCAUUGAAUAAAGUGGGACAUGCUCUUCAUGUUGAAAAUGAGACUUUUAAGAAAAUUACCUUCAGCAAUCGAGUGAAAGAAAUAUGUUGGCAAUUAAACUACAGAAAACCUGCAGUUUGCCAAAGUAUGUACAUUUACAAGCAUCCUGGUAUUGGCGGAGAAGUUAUUGCUCAUCAAGAUGCUUGGUAUUUACAUACUGAACCCAGUACAGCAAUUGGUUUCUGGUUUGCCUUGGAAGAUACAACACUUCAAAAUGGUUGCUUGCAAUUCAUCAAAGGAUCGCAUAAGGGCGGUGUUCAUAGAAGAUUCAUGAGAAAUCCAGAUUUGAAGUCAAGUGAGCUUCUAAUCUACGAUAGACCUGCUCCAAUAUAUCCAACAUCGAACUUUACUCCAAUCACAGUUAGCAAAGGAACCUGCAUUAUUAUUCAUGGUCAAGUUGUGCAUAAAAGUGAUCACAAUCGAUCGAAUAAGAGUCGUCACGCAUAUACCUUCCAUGUUAUUGAGACUGAUAAUACGAAAUAUUCCGAAGACAAUUGGUUACAGCCACCGAAAGAUGAACCCUUCCCUGUAUUGUAUGAACGAACUGAUUGAUAAAUAACUAUAUGGAUGCCAUUGUUGGAGUGGAUGUCAUAGAGAUUAUAAAUGGAGAUCUAACUUACAUUGCCUUUUAUUAUAAGUUAUAAGUUGUGUAUUAAUAAAGAUGUGGAAAGGCAUUUGAUUAUACUGUUGUAUUAUAA